GUCACUUCCGGAAAGUUACGUGAAAAGUUACAAGAGUUUGUAAGUCCGAGACUUACAAGAGUUUUGAGAAUACCGUGUAAGUCAAAGUUACAAAUUCACGUAAAUAGUUACAAAUUGUUGUAAGUUACAAAGUUUUGAGAAUACGGCCCCUGAUCUGAUCUGAAUACAGCGCCAUCUAUCAUACAAUCAGGCUGACGAGGAACCUGGGAGAUGGCUGGGGUAUUUGACGUGGAAGAUGAAAGUAUUAUUUCCACAAUAUUCAAGGAUUCAUUUCCAGACAACUGGCGGGACAACCCAGACUUUGCACAGUACCUGGCAGAGCUCAGUUCUUUUGGAGUGGAUAAAUUAGGUCGUGAACCAGACAGACUAGCUGAGGACAGAGCUCAGAUCUUGGAGCAAACCCAGAACCUCGCUUUCCACAAUUAUAAAACUUUUAUCCAAACUGCAGAAUGCUCUAGAGACAUAUAUCAGGAUUUUCAGAUCAUAGAGAAGCAUGUUGGUGGAAUGUUGGAGAAAUUACCAACACUGUCCACUCAGUGCCAUCAGUUCUUGACCAAGGCUCAGGAAAUCAGCUCUAGUCGUCGUAUGAACUCCUUAACCCUGCAGCGUCAUACCCAGUUACUGGAGAUCCUGGAGAUGCCCCAGUUAAUGGACACCUGUGUCAGAAAUGGUUACUAUGAGGAGGCACUGGAGCUGGCCGCGCAUGUGAAGAGACUAGAGAAGAAACAUUCCAGUAUACCUGUGAUUUUGAACAUAGUCAGUGAGGUAAAGAAUUCCAUGCAGCUGAUGUUGAACCAGUUAAUACAACAGCUCCGCGCCAACAUCCAACUGCCUGCGUGCCUGCGUGUGAUUGGCUACCUCAGGAGAAUGGACGUCUUCUCUGAGGCUGAGCUCAGGAUUAAGUUUUUACAGGCCAGAGACACCUGGUUUCAAAGUUUGCUGAAUGCUAUACCAGCAGAGGAUGCUUAUUACCACAUCACUAAGACCAUAGAGACCAGCCGUGUUCAUCUGUUUGAUAUUAUCACCCAGUACCGUGCCAUCUUCUCUGAUGAUGAUCCAUUACUGACCACUAAAGAGGAUGGACCUAACGAGGGAGCCUUGUUUCAUGGCUGGGUGGUUCACAAGAUCUCCCAGUUUCUAGAGACACUGAAGCAGGACUUGCAGCGUGGUGUGGGAGGUCGUCUGGACUCAGUCUUGGGACAGUGUAUGUACUUUGGGCUGUCAUUUAGCAGAGUUGGAGCAGACUUCAGGGGUCUGCUGGCACCAGUGUUCCAGAAAGCUGCACUGGCUUCAUUUCAACAGGCUGUAGAUGAGGCCUCCAAUAGGUUUGAUGAGACGAUGCAGACUUACUCCUUCUUGACGGUGUCUGCAGGGUUCUCCAGUGCCGCAUACUCCAUGGGGAUACAGGCAUCAUCUUUGAACCCCCCUCUCAGUCUAAUGGAGCACCAGCCUCUGGCUUUGUACUGUAAUUAUAUCCUGACUGCCUUCAAUGACCUCAGACUGUGUGUGCCUCUCUCUCUGGCCUGUGAUGUUGCCACUGUCCUCCAGGCGUCACUGUGUAAGGUGGUGGAGAUGAUACUGGCUUUCCACAGGGCAGAGGAAGGAGCACUCAACGAGAAAGAACAUGAGAACUUUGUGAAGUUUUGUCAGCUGUUUGCUGAGGAGUUGGUGCCUUAUUUUAACAGGUGCCUGCAGGCACUUUUCCCUCCCUCACAGCUGGGACUUACUCUGGGGGUCACCGCUGUCGAUAUUAAUAAAAUGGUAAGCAUGGGGGGAGGGGAGCAUCAUACGUUAGGAAACAAACUUGGUGUUUAGUUCUGGUAGUUUGUAGGCAUCAGUUGACUUUUUGCUCUUUAUGAAAAUUAUCAGUGGAACAUUUUGUGUGAAGACUUAGUAACUUCU